CCAUUAGUCGAAAACUAUAAACGCUCGACGCGAAAUCGUCUCCGGGUCUCUCUCCGCCUACUUCUUCGACACCGAGCACGCAACUAUUUUUUUUUUUAGAUCUACGCUUAAACUGUUACCAACACCACAACAAACGCACAAUUUUAGGCGGCUAACAAGAAAUACAAAUUUUUUAUUCAAAUUACACAAAAAGGAGAAAAUUUUUUUUACUGUUUCCUGCGCCACGGACAAAACUACAAUAAAAAAAAAAAUCCGAAAAAUUUUUUUUUAAAAUUCCAACAUAAGAAUUGAAUUUUUUUCGUAACGUUCGGACGCCAAGUAAAAGCAAAAGUGACAACAAAUGACUCUGCAGUGCAGCAAAUAAAUCAAGCAAAAACAAUAACAAAAAACAUAUAUAUAUAUAUCUGAAUAUAUAUAUAUAUAUAUAUAUAUAUAUAUAUAGAAGGAACAGCAUCGUCAGCUGAAAGGACGCCGCCCCACCCCCCACCAGAGAGCAGCAACAGAAAACUCGGCAACAUGCUGGGCGAAUCGUAUGUGAUAAAGUUUGUGAAGCGCCAGCUGCUGAUGGAGCAGCAGGAUGCCCAGAAUAUGCUGCUCUUCUCGCUGAGCUUCCUCACCCUGAUCAAGCUGCUGCAGUGGCUGCUGCGCCUGUACCGGGAGCUGCGCAAGCUGCCGCCCGGCCCCUGGGGCCUGCCGGUCAUCGGCUAUCUGCUGUUCAUGGGCAACGAGAAGCACACGCGCUUCAUGGAGCUGGCCACCAGGUACGGCAGCCUCUUCUCCACCCGCCUCGGCAGCCAGCUGACGGUCGUCAUGAGUGACUACAAAAUGAUUCGCGAGUGCUUUCGCCGCGAGGAGUUCACAGGACGACCGGACACGCCGUUCAUGCAAACGCUCAACGGUUACGGCAUCAUCAAUAGCACCGGCAAACUGUGGAAGGAUCAGCGUCGCUUUCUGCACGACAAGUUGCGCCAGUUCGGCAUGACCUACAUGGGCAACGGCAAGCAGCAGAUGCAGAAGCGCAUCAUGACGGAGGUGCACGAGUUCAUUGGGCAUUUGCAUGCGAGCGACGGACAACCGAUUGACAUGUCGCCGGUCAUCUCGGUGGCUGUGAGCAAUGUGAUUUGCAGCCUGAUGAUGUCGACGCGGUUCAGCAUCGACGAUCCCAAGUUUAGGCGCUUCAACUUUCUGAUCGAGGAGGGCAUGCGGCUGUUCGGCGAGAUUCAUACCGUUGACUACAUACCGACGCUGCAGUGCUUCCCCAGCAUCUCGACGGCCAAGAACAAGAUCGCCCAGAAUCGUGCCGAGAUGCAGAAAUUCUACCGUGACGUCAUCGACGAGCACAAGCGCAGCUUCGAUCCCAGCAAUGUGCGCGAUCUGGUCGAUUUCUAUCUGUGCGAGAUUGAGAAGGCCAAGGCCGAAGGCACCGAUGCAGAACUCUUUGAGGGCAAGGAUCAUGAGGAGCAGCUGGUUCAAGUGAUCAUUGAUCUGUUCUCGGCGGGCAUGGAGACGAUCAAGACGACGCUGCUGUGGAUAAACGUGUUCAUGCUGCGCAAUCCCAAGGAGAUGCGACGCGUCCAGGACGAGCUCGAUCAGGUUGUGGGUCGCCAUCGUCUGCCCACGAUCGAGGAUCUGCAGUAUCUGCCAGUCACUGAGUCAACGAUACUCGAGUCGAUGCGCCGCUCCAGCAUCGUGCCAUUGGCCACCACACACUCGCCCACAAGAGAUGUGCAACUGAAUGGCUAUACCAUACCGGCCGGCUCGCACGUCAUACCGCUGAUCAACAGCGUUCACAUGGACCCCAAUCUGUGGGAGAAGCCGGAGGAGUUCCGCCCGUCGCGCUUCAUCGAUACGGAGGGCAAGGUGCGCAAGCCGGAAUACUUUAUACCCUUCGGUGUGGGCCGACGCAUGUGUCUGGGCGAUGUGCUGGCGCGCAUGGAGCUCUUCCUGUUCUUCGCCUCGUUCAUGCACUGCUUCGACAUUGCGCUGCCCGAGGGCCAGCCGCUGCCCAGCCUGAAGGGCAAUGUGGGCGCCACCAUCACGCCCGAGUCCUUCAAGGUCUGCCUCAAGCGUCGCCCCCUGGCGCCCACGGCCAGCGAGCCGCAUCAAGUGCGCAAUGUGGGCGCCAACUGAGCCCCAACUAGGCGGGGCUCAACAGAGCACGGUUUUGUUCCUACACAAUUUUUUUUAAUUAUUAUUAUUAUUAUUAUUAUUAUUAUUAUUAUUAUUAAUAUUAUUAUUAUUAUUAUCAUUAGAGAUUUAUAUGCAUAGAGAGAGACAAUAUUGCUUAAGAAAUUAGGCCUUAGGCUUAGCGUUAAGUAACAAGUUUUUAAAGGCUAUACGACGAGCCUGUCAUCAAAAGAUACAGAUGCUACCUAUCUAUACCUAUCUAUAGAUUAUGUAUCUGUAUCAUUUAUCAUUUAGCUAUGUUAUAAAGCAAUCAAAUUCUAUUCUUUCAACCCCAAGAAGCUGUGUUCAGUUAAUUAAUAAUUAAUUCGUAAUUAAAAUACAUUAAUUAAUUAGCAUUUUAAUUAGCCAAGUUGAAAUAUUUUGUU